AGAUUCUUUGCGUUGUUUCUUGUGAUCCGAUUUUCUACAUAAUACGUAAUUGUUGAAUGGAAAUUAUUUUUUUAAAACGUUGUACUAGUAUUUAUUGAAAAGUUCUUUUUUUUCUUUGUACGGACAUCCCGAAUUAAAUCCGUAUUAAAGUUCAGCCAUACAAAAUGUCCAAUUGUACGGCAGAUCUCCAAUUUGUCUACAUAGCAAGAAAACGUGACUUCAUUCCGAAGUAGACGCUAAUCAAUAUACGGAAGGAAAAUUAUUCAAGGUUCACUAAUGUGCAGUUAGAUUUUAGGAUGUCUUUUUUGAAAACAGAAUGUGAAAUCUUUACAUGGUACGGUAACAGUAUCUGGAAACGUUUAAAAGGCUGUGCAUUUUAUUGCAGAUCUUAAAGACCGUUUGUUAAAUAAGGGGGGAGGUUUAUAUUCGGGGAUUUUAUUGGACACAAUAAAAUAAACGACUCAUAGCGACAUAACAGGCCAGAUACCCCGGUUACCUGUAAAGAGAGGGUAGGGUGAACAAAUCAGAGAUGUCGUACAAACUCCAGAGUUUCGAUGGAAUCAACGAACCAAGUUCCCUAGCGACAAGUCAAGAUGGACUCUACUCAGCGUCCUCAUCCAGGAAAUCCGGAUGUUACGUUUCCGCCAAAACUGGAUUUAUUCUCACGUUUCUUGCCAUGGCAACGGCGGCCAUGGUCGGGGUGAUCGUGACUUUUGCCGUGCCUAAAACAAACGACGCAAGUGACUGUAACUGUGGGGCCACACAGGCUCCGGUGGUGGGGGGCCAGGACUGUACCACCCAGGGUACCCCCUCCACCCAGGCGCCACCUGUAGCAACAACAUGUCCGGCAUGUCCUGAAUGUACAACACCAUUAAUGACUACACAUGGAAUGACAGCGUCGACGUCGACAUCAUCAGAAGUGACGUCAUCGUCGCCAGUGGAAAUGACCCCUAGUUACCGCUUACCCACCUCCCUCCUCCCCGUACACUACACGGUCAUAUUACGUCCAGAUCUAUAUUCAAAAGUUGCCGCCGAUUUCUCUACACCGGGAUACGUUAAGAUAUCGAUCAACUGUACAGAAGAAACAAAUAACAUUACUCUUCAUAUCAAUAAAAUUACGUACGAUAACUCAACAAUAAAGGUUUUUCACGCAGAUGGAAAUCCAGUGAACAUAAACAUGGUGACUGAAAAUAAGCAAUUGCAAUUUUUGAUCGUCCACGUCACUCCAAGUUUAAUGGCGGGAAAUAUGUACACUUUUGAAAUGAAUUUCACAGCAGAAUUGGUAGACGAUUUGGCUGGCCUUUAUUACAGUACGUUCGAUCGAAAUGGAACCACCAUGUACCUGGCUGUGACGCAGUUCCAGGCCACGGACGCCAGGAAGUCGUUCCCGUGUUUUGACGAGCCGGCCUUCAAAGCCAAGUUUAACAUCACCCUGGAGAGACGCAACAACACUCCAGACUUCGAGGACUAUAUCACAUUGUCAAACAUGCCUUUAGAUCAUUCCUACAUUGCAGAAGAUGGGUUCAUAGCAGACGUCUUUCAGGAAACCGUUGUCAUGCCAACCUAUCUGUUGGCGUUCGCCGUCUGUGAUUUCAAGUACUUAUCCAGUGUGACACAGAAUUGGACGAUGAACACUUACGCCUCCAAAGAGGAAUACAAUAAGACGGCAUUCGCCUUGGAAGUCGGGGUGGACAUUUUGCGGGGGUUUGAGAACUACUUUGAAAUUCCUUUUGUUCUUCCAAAGCUUGACCAGAUCGCCAUCCCUGACUUUGGCGCAGGCGCAAUGGAGAACUGGGGCCUGAUAACCUACAGGACCCAGUACAUGUUGUAUGACCCCAAUGUCACGACCGCCGGUACCCACCGAUUCGUGGCUGUGAUUGUGGCCCACGAACUGGCACACAUGUGGUUCGGGAACCUGAUCUCCCCUCAAUGGUGGGACGACCUAUGGCUGAACGAGGGGUUCGCCUCCUUUUUCGAGUACAUCGGCGUGGAUUUCACCCGCCCCGAGUGGAACAUUCACGACGCUUUCGCCAUAGAGAACAUGCACCCGGCCUUUGGGGUGGACAGUUACCCUACGUCACGACCUAUUUUCGCCACCAAUGUGAAUAGCCCGAAUGACAUCGAUCGGUUGUUCGACACCAUCACGUACCAAAAGGGUGCUUCCGUUAUCCGGAUGAUGUGGAACUUCCUAGGACCGGAAACGUUGCGUAAAGGCUUGUCUAAAUACAUCAAAAGGAAAGAAUACGGAAAUGUGCGCCAUCAGGAAUUAUGGGCGGCUCUGAGUGAGCAAGCAAAAGAAGAGGGGAAACACAUAAAUGUUCAAGAGAUAAUGGACACCUGGAUUCUGCAACAAAAUUAUCCUGUAGUCAUGGUGACGUUUGACAGCACCCACAUCCGGGCAAUGCAGUCCCGAUACGUCCUCGGCAACACUUCGGAGGGAACAGGCUCCGAGUUCGAUUUUAAGUGGAGCAUUCCGUUAACUUUCACAUCGAGCCAGAAUAGAACAUACGAAAACAACGACAUUCACUGGAUGUACAGGAAUCAAACGGAGGCUACAUUUGAUUGGCCAAAUACCAUAAACAACGCUAAUGAUGAUUGGGUCCUCACUAACGUUCAACAGUUUGGAUACUAUCGCGUCAAUUACGAGGAAAACAACUGGAAAGCCCUGAUCAAACAACUGACAACAAACUACACGCUAAUCCAUCCAAGUAACAGAGCCCAGAUAAUCACAGACCUAAUGGCGCUCGUCAGUCUGGAUUCUGUGAACAUCUCCCUGGCCCUGACCUCCUUGGACUACCUGAAUCAGGAGACAGAGUUCGUACCCUGGUACGCCGCCCUCAACGAGAUCGGAUACAUCAGGAACAUGCUGCUAACCAAAGCCAUCUUUGGAAAAUUCGAGACAUACAUGCAAUCAAAGUUGGAAACAAUUUAUGGGAAAAUAGGUUUUUACGGUGCCCAGGACGAGUCUAUGAAUAACAGGUUGUUAAGGUCCUACAUUGUUGGGGGAGCCUGCUACUAUUACAUUAAGAACUGUACAGACCAGGCCGUGCUACUGUUUGACCGAUGGAUGAAGGAUGAAGCCAAUUUGAUUCCUCCUGACGUCAAAUCUCGCGUGAUGUGUACUGGAAUACGAGAGUCUCGCUCAGACACGUGGGAUAAACUGUUCAAUAGAAUGGCAUCCCAGACCCCCUCUGAUCAGACCAUCAUACUCAGCGCCCUGGGCUGUUCCAGGGAGCACUGGGUGUUGGAACGGUAUAUGACGUAUGCCUUUGACGACACAAAGAUACGACGUCAAGACGCCCGCUCGGCUAUACUGGCGGUGGUAUAUAACCCCCUGGGGCGGGACAUCGCAUGGAACUACUUACAGCGAAACUGGAACCACAUCACAACAGUAUACGGAAUGAGCGCAGGGAACAUCAAUAGAAUUCUCCGGGGGCUGGCCUCCCGCCUCACCACACAGUUCCAGAGGGACGAGCUGGCUCGGCUAAGGGACACUCUGGGAAGCGACAGCGAUUACAUUCCCUUCUUUGACAACGCUCUACAGGACGUCGAUCUGAACGUGGCCUACGUCACCAAGCAUUACACGGAGCUGGAAACGUGGCUAGGCGCUUCAUCCUGAGUAUCGGAUAGUUCUGUCACAAAAUGUUGAUUAAGACUGAUGCGAGAACGCCAUGAGGAAAUUAAUUAAACAAUAUCCCAUUUCUACAUAGAACGCAAGGUCUGGCGUUGAAAUGAGAUGUUUUGGAAUAUCGCAAAUGUCCAUUAGAGACUUCUCUUUAAAAAAUUAUUUUUGUGAUCAUAACUGUACAGGUGAUUCAAUUUGAAUUUAUUUUAGUUGGACAUAAAUGUCAGAAGUUUUAUUUUGCAGGAGUUUUAUUUAGAGUUGGAUUUAUUUAAAUUGAUUUUUUUUAAAUGAUUUCAAGAUACCAUAAAUAAAACGUGUAUUAUUUUUAAUGCAUUGUAUUUUCCUACCUGUGACGUGUCAUCAUUGUAGCAGAUCAUAUUCAUUGAUGUACAUGUAUAACUAAGUGUAUCACAAUUCAUAACUCAGAGUCAUUAGUUUUUGCAAUAUAUAUGCAUCAAGUGUAUUUAUGGUGUGUGUUAUAUGUAUUCUGUGUGUUAUAUGGGUCUCGUUGUGAAAUCCAAUUUUACUUGAUCUCUUGGCUACAAACAAUAAUCAGAUUUUCUCAGAGUGAAAUAUAUAUAUGUGGUACAGUUUAUAUUUAAUUUUGAAUUAAAGUACAAUGAAAUUGCAGCUGUAUACAUGUAUAUAUAUUGUAUAUAUAAAUGACAUUGUCAAAUCAUAUAUUUUACCUCUAAUAAAUCAUGAACCAAUUUUAAA